AUGAAAAGCUGUGCUAAGCGAGAGGCGGACAGGAAGACUUUUCUGGAACAGGUGCGUGAGAGCAAGGAGAAUGGCUACCUCCUCUCCUCCAGGAAGAUUGGCUCUGGGGCCUUCUCCAAAGUCUACCUGGGCUACGCCACCCAAGAGAAGCUAAAACAGAACUACAAGCUGGCCUCAGACCUUCGGAGCAAGCGGCACGCCAUGGUGGCCAUAAAGAUCAUAUCCACAGACAAGGCCCCCUUGGAAUAUUCCAGAAAGUUCCUCCCGAGAGAAAUCUACUCCCUUAAUGCAACCUACAAGCACAUCAAUGUGAUCCAGCUCUACGAGAUGUACAGGAACAGCAGGCGCACCUACCUCGUGCUGGAGCUGGCCUCCCGCGGCGAUCUGCUGGAGCACAUCAACGCCACCUCCGACCGCAGGGAGUGCCCCGGGCUGGAGGAGGAGGAGGCGCGAAGGCUCUUCCGGCAGAUCGUCAGUGCCGUGGCACACUGCCACAAUGUGGGCAUCGUGCACAGAGACCUGAAAUGUGAGAAUAUCCUGCUGGAUGAGCGAGGCUUCAUUAAGCUGACAGAUUUUGGGUUUGCCAACCGCUACUCCUUGAGGAAUUCCCUGAUGAGCACGUUCUGCGGCUCUGUGGCCUACACCGCCCCCGAAAUCCUCAUGAGCAAGAAGUACAACGGCGAGCUGGCUGACCUGUGGAGCCUCGGGGUGAUCCUGUACGCCAUGGUGACCGGGAAGCUGCCCUUCAAAGAGCGCCAGCCUCACAAGAUGAUCCACAUGAUAAAACAGGGCCUCUCCUUCCGGCAGCCCCUCUCCCCAGAAUGCCAGAGCCUGAUCCAAGGCCUGCUGCAGCUGAAGCCUGGGGCCCGGCUGGGCUUGCAGCAAGUGGCCACGCACCGCUGGAUGCUGCCCGCCACCUCGGCCAUCUUCCAGCAGGCACUGAACGCCCCGGGCAGGCCCCCAGAGCGCAGCCCAGCCCUGGAGAAGCCGUCCGCCCAAGGUAGGUGGGUGCCCUGCCCCCGGGUCUGCCUUCAGUGGGCAGCCCCACAGCUGGGGGGCACGGGAUGGGGAGCGCUGGGCUGAACACAGCCGGGAGCGGCCUUGCCAGUGCCAGGCCUGGCUCCGUGACGAGCCAAG